CUGGUGAGUAGCGUAACGCCCUCUGGUGAGAGAUUGUCACCUUAUCAGUCUUCAAUUCAGAUAAAAUAUAUCAACUAUCUUUACUAUGUCACUAAAAGAUGAGAAGAAACGGUAUGAGAUGGGCGGACCCUGUGGUGCUGCUGUACUGUCCGUCCUUUAUAUUGCUUUCACUUACUUCAACACAGAAAAAUGCGUCACUGGUGAAUGGACUCUUUUCCGAUUACCGAAAAUAAAUUGGGAUGUUCGACAUUGGUUUGACACGUCCAGUUCCCUUUGUCUGUUGGCAUGGUUCGUGGUCCAGCUACUCUUGUAUACAGUACCGGUUGGGAAAAUAGGAUAUGGACCCACACUAAAAGGAGGCAAGACACUGCAGUACAGACUUAAUGGCCUGUUUGUCUUGAGCACAAAUCUUCUCGGCCUCGUUGUGGCUUUCAUCGUUGGUUUACCUAUCAAUGCCCUCAUUCAGAAUAUGCUGCAGCUGUUGACAGCCGGGAUUUUAGCAUGUCUUUUGUUGAGCUGUGUUUCAUACCUCUGUGCAGCACAAGUUGAAGACUGGAAGCUGAAUCCAAAGGGAAACACAGGUCAUGCUUUUUACGAUUGGUUCAUUGGAAGAGAGCUCAAUCCUCGAAUCGGACCAAUCGACGUGAAGUACGUCAUUUUUCGGAGUGGCAUCAUUGGUUGGAUGUUGCUGAACUUUGCAAAUUUAAUUUUGGCAUUCGCAGAGAGCAAAAUUUCGGUUUCGCCGAACUUGGUUCUGUUGGAAGUGAUCCAGUUCUUUUACGUGUUGGAUUACUUUUGGUUGGAGGAGGGAAUUCUUAUGUCACGUGACAUAGUACACGAAGGUCUUGGAUUUAAUAUAGCCAUGCAAUUCUUGAUGAUCCCAUUCUCAUUUUGUACCCAAUCGAGAUAUGUGACCACAACUGGAUACUCAUCUUCUUGGAUUAUGCUUCUGAUAAUUUUUACCAUUUAUGCGACUGGAUACUGGAUCUACAGAGCCAGUAAUUCGGAGAAAAAUAAAUUCAGGCAUAAUCCAGACGAUCCUGCAUUAGCAUACUUGAAGUCAAUGCAAACAAAAUCUGGAAAACGUCUACUGAUCUCUGGUUGGUGGGGAGUGUGUAGACAUCCAAAUUAUCUGGGCGAUUUGUUGAUAUCUUUGAGCUACUCAUUAUGCACAGGUAUGGGACAUUUUAUGCCUUAUGUGGGCUUUGUCCUCCUGUUGAUGUUGCUGAUUGACAGAGAGAAACGGGACUCCCAGGGAUGCAAAGAGAAGUACGGAACAGACUGGGACAAAUACUGUCAAAUUGUAAAAUACAGAAUUAUUCCAGCAAUCUAUUGAAUUCAAAUAAAAUAGCACAGGAGUUGGUA